AUGCGGGCCUAUCUCUCUUCCGUCCUUCUCGGUGCCGCGUCGCUCGCGCUCGCGUGCGGGGACGACCAUGAACAUGAGCACCGUAGCCUGCGCAAACGACUACCGCCCUCUGUGGCUCUUGCGCCUCCCUCUACACCGCUCGUGUGGGGAGAUGUGAAUAUCAUACACACGACCGACAGCCACGGCUGGCUUCUCGGGCACCAAAAGCCGUCGUUCCCAGAACCCAACUACAGCGCAGAUUUCGGCGACUUUGCCUCGUUCGUGACGCACAUGAAGGCGUUGGCCGAGGAGAAGGACGUCGACCUGCUACUCGUCGACACUGGUGACCUGCAUGACGGCACCGGCAUUUCUGACGGCUUCCCAGCCGGCGGCAUCGACGGCCAACAAUCAAGUCAGCUCAUGGCCACGCUCCCAUACGACGUACUGGCCAUCGGAAAUCAUGAACUGUACAUCUACAACAUCACGAAGGACAUGCACGACAACUUCGCACCGAGGUUCCCUGGACGCUACCUGUCAUCCAACGUUAACAUCACGAUCAACAACGUCAGCGAACCUGUCGGAGAGCGCUUCGCGAAGUUCACGACGAGUAAGGGGAGGAAGGUCACGGCGCUUGGUGUGCUGUUCCACUUCACGGGGAACGAUGAGGGGACGACGGUGCAGGAUGUUCCCUCGAUGGUUAACGAGACUUGGUUCGCAGAGGCUAUCGAGGAAGAGCCCGACUUCUUCUUGCUUACAGGACACAUGCCGGUGAACGGCGACCAUUGGCCGACUGUUGUUAGCGCUGUACGCGCUGUACACCCGAAUACACCCAUUCUCGUUCUUGGAGGGCAUACACACAUCCGUGACUGCACUCAGUAUGAUGGGCGUUCAAUGGGUCUGGAGAGUGGUCGCUACAUGGAAACCGUUGGCUGGAUGAGCGCCAACUUCACGGACAGCGGCAACAUCUCGUUCACCCGCCGCUACAUGGACUCGAACCGCGUCACGUUCGAGUACCAUUCUGGACAGAGCAACGACACCUUCGACACAGCGAACGGGACUUCACUCACGGGCAGCUUGGAGGAUCUCGCUACCGAGUUCGAUCUGAGCUUCUUCUUCGGGACAGCGCCACAGGAUUACCCCUACGCUCGCGCGCCUUGGCCCAGCAACUCCUCUCUGCUCUCCCUCUUGACGGACCAAGUCCUGCCGUUCUCCCUAGCCGUCAACAACACGCGCUCUUCGGAGAUCCCCGCGUACAUCAUCGUGCAGUCUGGCGGCCUUCGCUUCGAUGUCUUCGCAGGGGCUUUCACCAAGAACGACCAGCUCACCGCUUCGCCCUUCACCAACGCAUUCGUGUACAUCGCGAACAUCACGCUCAACGAGGGACAGAAGGUUCUUGCGGGGUUGAACGGCGAUACCUCGGUCACGAGGCGUAGUCUUGAGGUUGCCCCGCGGGAAGAGAAGUACGAGGCGAGGUACCAGGAGUGGGUGAGGGAUAUGGCGGACGCACACUUUGCGAAGAGGGAUGUUGCUGAGAACUUGACGUUGGGAUAUGUGACUCAGGAUUCCUGCCCGGGCGUCGGCGACGAUAUCCCGCACACUGCUGUACAAUCGUUCACCAGCACCUUCCCAGACUACGUUCCCUCACCAGCACCGGAUGUCGAAGACGCCGACGCGCCCAUCCUGGACUUCGUCUUCACCGACUUCGUUCAAGACGACGUGUUGGAGAUCCUUAACGGCAUACAGUCCGACAAGGUGUACACAGGGGACGAUGUUCUCAGCUAUAGUCCUUUCGAGCUCAAGGACGUGUUCGGAGUUUUCGCGGAAGCAGAGUGGAAUUGA